AUGUUAUUAUACCUUCUUCUGUUCGGAACGGGUCUUCUGACUCAUCUUCAGGCCUCAGAAGUCUGUCCAACCGGGCCAUUUGGAGCUCAGUUGACUUGUGCCUUCAAAUGCUGUGAAAGUAACCAUGGAACAAAUGUUGUAAGGCUAGAUUUGUAAAGUUGUUUAUGUUGCUUAUUAGUCAUCACUUCCAAUUUCUGUUUUCAGGGUUAUUAUUGUUGUGGAGAUGAGAAUUCGGUGAUAUUAGGGAACCCGGAAGAGCAUCAGAAGACUAGAGCCGAGCGUUUUGUUGCUUACAGUAAUGGAUUCCAGUAAGUUUUUCUUUGAAUCUCUUUUAACCUUUGCGUCUUUAGAAUCGAUUACACAAUGCUGGUGGUUGGAUUGAUCAUUUCGAUUAUCAUUUCAAUCCUUUUGUCGCUCCUCUGUUGUCUUCUCUGCAAUGGAUGCUGGCUGCAUCGUCGUCGCAACCCCCACAUGUACGAAUCUGUUCAUGACUCUGGCUGGUAUCCCCUGUGCUGUAUGAAAUUCUAAUUCUUUGCCGUUUCCCGCUUCUCACCGCUUUCUUUUGUUCAUUAAACCUCCAGAAGGGACGUCAUUUGAUGCAAUUAAUUGAGCUGCAUACGGAUGACGUCAUUUCUGGCAUCCCGUUUUAAUUAUUAAUCGUCUGAUUUUAGGCGGGUUCGGGAUCCCGAUGGGCACUAUCGUUCUUAGCAACAACCCUCCCCAAUUCCACCACACCGAGGGUACUUAUGUCACAUCGGACUCUUCAACUUCAUCUCGGGGUCGUGUUCGCUUCAACGAAGAUGGCACGCCUCGCGGCGUUCUCAAAAAUAAUGGUCACGGUUAUUCAUAA